AUGUCGAGAAAGUUAUCAAAAAAGGCAGCGAAGAACCGGACUGAUUCUUUAUCUCCCAGUCCGACUACUAUCGUCGAGGACGAGGAAUUGGUUACAAUGGCGGCCGUGAAAAAUCUUCUGGCCGUCCAGGAAUCCAUGAUGAGAUCCGUAUUUGAAUCAAUGGUAUCGCAGAUAAGUAGCCGGGUCGAUGACCUGGUAGAGAAGGUUUCGGGCCUAAAGGCAAGCCUUGAGUUCACUCAGAGUGAGGUUGAACGCUUUGGGCCUAUCAACAAGAAAGUUAAAGAGACUGACAGCGAGGUUGUUAAAGUAAAGGACGCUCUCGAGUAUCUCGAGAACCAGUCGAGACGUAAUAAUAUACGUGUGUCCGGAAUACCCGAAAGUCCAGGAGAGUCGUGGGCCGAUUCAGAAGCUAAAGUGAAAGAGGCGAUCCAGACGAAGCUUGGUUUGGAGAUUGAGAUCGGAAGGGCGCACCGCGUAGAAAGGAAAAAGGCAAAGGGCAGAUCCUUGACGCAGUCGGAGAAAGAGAGGCCGAGGACGAUUGUCUGUAAACUCAAGGACUGGAAGACGAAGGAGGCGGUUGUGAGAAAGACCAGGAUUGACAAGCCGGCGGGUCUCUACGUUGCAGAAGAUCUUGCAAGGGCUACACUUCUUAAGAGGGAAGCUAAAAUCGAAGAGAUGAAGAAGGCGAGAGCUGAAGGGAAGAGGGCUUACUUCAUACUAGAUCGCCUAAUUAUUAUAGAUCUGAAACAGGAUGCAGCCGAAGGUAACAUCCAGACAGCCGGCAGCGGAUAGUGUGAUAAGUAAUCUGAAUAUUCCUUUAGCUAACGUUUUGCCUUUUUGUCAUUUAUCGGAUGAAGAUUUUCAAUCAGCGCUUUUUGAACAGCAAAAUGGCGUAAUUAGAUUCGAUCAUGAUCGAUUAGAAAAUCUUAAAUUCAAUCCCUUACUUUCUGAUCUGGUGAUCAGGCUUUUUAUGCAAACUAUAGACCUGUGUCCGUCUUACCAGUUUUUUCGAAAUUUUUCGAGAAAGUUGUAUAUAAACGGUUAUAUAAUUUCCUGAUUAAAUAUGAUAUUCUAUCAAAUAACCAAUAUGGUUUUAGAAAGAACCAUUCGGCAGCUCUUGCACUUCUUCAUUUAUACGAUACUCUAUCUAGUGCUAUUGAUUAUAAAAAAUAUACUCUAGGCGUUUUUAUUGAUCUGUCAAAGGCGUUUGACACGGUCAAUCAUGGCAUUUUACUAGCGAAAUUGCAUAACUAUGAAAUACGUGGAACUCCUCUCAAAUGGUUUGAAAGUUAUCUUUUAGAUAGAGAGCAGUUUGUAAAUUUUAAUGGCGUUUCUUCUUGUCGUAAAUUAGUGAAGUGCGGUGUCCCACAAGGCAGCGUGCUUGGGCCGCUUCUCUUUCUGAUUUAUAUCAAUGAUAUAUGUAGCGUUUCAACCGCCUUAGACAUACUUUUAUUUGCUGAUGAUACAAGUAUAUUUUUCUCCCAUAAAAACUUAGACUCAUUAUGUCUCACAAUCAAUAAUGAACUUACCAAAUUAACAGAUUGGUUUUGUGCAAACAAGUUAUCUAUAAAUAUAAAAAAAUCAAACUAUAUUAUCUUUAGGCCACGGCAAAAAGGCAAAACCUUGAUAUAAAGGUCACCUUAGGUGAUCAGAAUAUAAAGCGAGUCAAAGAAACAGUAUUUUUAGGUGUUAUUCUUGACAAACACUUGACAUGGUUACCACAUAUUACCAAUGUCGCGCGUAAGGUUUCAAAAGCUGUAGGAAUUAUGUAUAAAGCAAGUUUUUGCCUUUCAAAGCAAUCACUAUUGACGUUGUAUUAUUCUUUGUUAUAUCCAUACUUGCAAUACUGUGUUAGUGUUUGGGGAUCCUCUUAUCCAUCUAAUUUAAAUCGUAUUCUUAAGCUCCAAAAACGAGCAAUACGUAUAAUUGUUGGAGCAUCCUAUGAUGCACACACUGAUCCGGUAUAUAGGAAUCUAAACAUAUUGAAAUUCAAUUAUUUAUUUUUAUUUCAAAUAGGUAAGUUAAUGUAUCAAUUUAAAAAUAGGUUACUUCCCCAAACAUUUAACAGGAUAUUUCAAUCGAACUCUCAAAUUCACGAUUAUUACACGAGAAGCUCUAACUUGUUCCAUAUUUCAAAGUUUAGAACAAAUAUACAUAAGUUUGCGUUAAGACAUCAGGGACCUAAAUAUUUCAAUUCAUUGUCUUCAGUCUGCCAAAACGCUUAACUCUUUUUGUAAUAAAUUAAAGACUUCUCUUAUUAACUCUUAAUUUUUUUUCUUUCUCGAUUUGUGUUUGUGUGUGUUUUUUAUAUAAGUAUGAAAAAAAAAAAUAUGAAAGCUCUCCUACCAAAUAUUUAUAUGAUUAAUCUGACUGUCCGAACUAUCAAAUAUGUAUUUUCUGUUAAGAUUUAGGAGGUCCGUCUCGUAUAAGCCUUGCGGUUUCUUACGGUCCUCCUUGUUACACUAUGUAAAUUAUUAUAAUUAUCUUUAUUUGAAAAAAAAAAAUGUAUUAAGCGACAAAACAAUAAACUGAACUGAAAACUGAA